GGAAGAGAGUCUCCUUUUGGAUCAGGAGGGGGUUAAGCUGAUAGAGGCUGGCCUUUCCCAGAGAGGACACGAAACUUGAGCUAAGAGGAGGCUCUUAAGACCCAAGGCCCUCUUUUUAUCCUCUUUGAAGAGAGAGAGAGAGAAAGAAAGAGAGAGAAAAAAAGAGAGGAAAAUUGAGAGUUCAUGUCCCUCUCUGCGCGCAAGAGAAGAGAGAGAAAUGUGGAGGAGGAUGCCUGGUAGAAGGCCACACAACCAGCCGUUGACCCUGUUGGUUUGGAAAGGCCCCAUCUGCUUCUGAAGACCUCCUGUUGAACGUUUUCACCACCAUUCCAACAGCCUCGAAAAACCAACGCCUCUCCAAGCCCUUUUUAUUUGCAGAGAGGAUCUGAGAAAGGAAAAUAAAAAAUCACAACGGUGGUGAUCGGUUGAGACUGUCCCAAAAAUGGCCGCCAAACGGGGAGCUGUACCAAGCCUCCAGUUCCAAGGUGCGCUAGAACAAGUGGCUCGGCAAAGAGCGAAAAUGGAAGAGGACGAAGACGAAGCCGAAAACCCAGAGCCGGAAGAAAGGUGGCAGGGGAAAGGACAGGCCUCGCGCGGAGGGCACCGAGAGAGAAUGGAGCGGCUGCCUCGAAGCCGAGCCUCUCAACACAAGGAGCUCCUCAACGCAACACGCUCUCCUCGCUCGGGGUGGAGGAACCCACGGGUGUCGCGGCCCGUUGAGUGGGAAGACCGUCAGGCGGUGUCUCCGUCUUCCGAGGGGCCAACGGUGGCCCGACACUGGCCGAGAGGCGGACGAACCACCCGGCACCCGCCGAGGCACAGCCGCAGGGACGACCCAGACGUCCAAAUCCUGGACUCUGGGGAGAUCGGAGAGUCGGGGAUGGUGAAAGUGAAGGAGGAGGUAGUGGGGGACGACUCAGCCAGUCGGGAGAUGAAGCGCCAGCGUUUCCGGCAGUUUCGGUACCAGGAGGCCGAAGGGCCCCGCGAGGUCUGCAGCCAGCUCUGGUAUCUUUGCCACCGGUGGCUGAAGCCCGAGCGGCACACCAAGGAGCAGAUCCUGGAGCUGCUGAUCCUGGAGCAGUUCUUGGCCAUCUUGCCUCCGGACAUCCAGAGCUGGGUGAAGGAACACGAACCGGAGACCUGUUCCCAGGCAGCCGCUUUGGCAGAGGAUUUCCUCCAGAUGCAGCAAGAGGCCGAAAGGAGGGAGCAGCAGGUGCUGGGGCUGUUUGAGAUGGACAACGCGGAUUCUCCUGAAGCUGAGGCCGAACAACCUCAAUUGGACGUGGUACCGAAACAAUUAUUCAGGGAAGCUAAGCGAGAGGUGGACGAAGAAGAGGCCAGUAAUCUGGGGACACUUGGGCAGGUGGAGCCACGGGCGGGUGGUCCCCUUCGCCUCUACCCAGAAGAGGGUAGCUCUGACGAUGAGGGCCUCUUGGACCUCGUCUAUGCCGCCAACCUCGAGAUCCACAGCAGGCGGCCGCCUCGACGGACCCGGCUCAUCCGUAUGCGCACCCAUGAGCUCCAGGUGUCCGAUGAGGAGUGCCUGACCCGCUUCCGACUGGACCGCCAGGCCAUCCAAGACCUGUGCACGUUGCUGGCGCCCUACUUGGACGGGGCCUCAGCCAGCCGCAGGCACAUCCCCACCUUGCAGAAGGUCCUGAUAGCCCUGCAGGUGCUGGGGACGGGCUCCUUCCAGCGGAUGACAGGCGACAACCUCCGCGUCUCCCAGUCAUCUGUCAGCCGCUGCCUGGACGCCUUCUUGGAAGCCAUGCUCCGGCACGUCCACGAACACAUCACCUUCCCCACCACCGACUCUGAGCUCCGGCGCACCCGGGAAGCCUUCUUCGACAUUGCAGGCUUCCCCAACGUCAUCGGGAUUGUGGACUGCACCCAUGUGCCCAUCAUCGCACCGGCGGAUAUGCCAGCCCUCUACCGCAACUGCCACAACUUCCACAGCUUGAACGUCCAGGCCACCUGCGACGCUUCAGGGUGCUUCACCCACGUGUUGGCCAAGUUCCCUGGGAGCGUCCAUGACGCCCGGAUAUUCCAGCUCUCCCAGCUGCAAAGACUCCUGGAGUCAUGGCCAGAUGGGAAGGGAUGGCUCUUAGGUGAUAGCGGCUACCCCUUGCGCCCUUUCCUAAUGACACCGCAUCCCGACGAAGGGCCGGAACCGGUGGCGCGUUACAACGCCACGCACGAGACAACACGGAUGGUGGUGGAGAGGGCCUUUGGGCAGCUGAAGAUGCGGUUCCGGUGCCUCCAUUCCACGGGGGGCCGUCUCAUGCUUCGCCCAGAGAAAGUGGCCAAGGUCUUUGUGGUCUGUGCCAUGUUACACAACAUGGCCCUGCGGCGCCAGCUGCCCAUCAUCAAUGGCGGACAAGGGGUGGACACCGAGGUCCCCGUGCCUCCCUACUUGGAGACCGAUAGCCUGGUAGAACAAGAUCUCCGUGGGGUGGAAGUCCGGGAUCAAAUCAUUAGCACUUAUUUCUCAGAAUAAACCCACCUUUCAGUAGAA